AUGGUUGUCGGGAUUCGGAGAGGUCCCUCCCCGCAGGAACCCCACCCCUUCCCACCUCCUCGCCCCACUCCUUUCUCCGAGACCGUCAGUCUCUCCAUUUCCCCCUUCUGGUCCUGUCCUCCCUCCCGCCUCUCGCGCGCUCCCUCCCCUCGCUUUCAUCCUCCUAUCCCCACCUCGCCAACCUCCGCUUUCAUCCCCCUCCCCUCUCCUCUCCUCCCCGCUCCCGCCAGCCCCACCCCUGGGAAGCCCCUCCCGUCGGGCAGCGCCGCCUUUAUAAGCGGGUUCCCUGACCGGGGGCGGCAGCGGCUGGUCGGCGGCAGCUCUGUUGGUGCGGGGGCGGCGAGCCGAGGACCGAGCUACCACGGCCGGAGCGCGCCGGCCACCGCCCGCACCGCCCUUCCGCCCGCCCUCCGGACGGCCGCAGCCCUGCGGGUCUCCGUUCCAGACCCACCCCCGCCCCACCCCGCGCGCCUCUGCCGCCUCUUCCAGAGACCCAGCUUGCUGAGCGGCUGCCGCUGCCGCUGUCGCCGCCGCCGCCGUCACCGCGCCAGGUUCCGGCCGCGGCCACCCUCCGCCGUCCAGGGCCCCUCCGUCCCGGCCCCGGGACCCCGGCUCCCCGCCAGCCCCGGCCCCGGCCCCGGCACCAUGUCGGAGAAGAGCGUGGAGGCAGCGGCCGAGUUGAGCGCCAAGGACCUGAAGGAGAAGAAAGAGAAGGUGGAGGAGAAAGCCAGCCGAAAAGAGCGAAAGAAAGAAGUGGUGGAGGAGGAGGAGAACGGAGCCGAGGAGGAAGAAGAAGAAACUGCUGAGGACGGAGAGGAGGAGGAUGAAGGGGAAGAAGAAGAUGAGGAAGAAGAAGAAGAUGACGACGAAGGGCCCGCGCUGAAGAGAGCUGCUGAAGAGGAGGAUGAAGCGGAUCCCAAGCGGCAGAAGACAGAAAAUGGGGCGUCGGCAUGAGCCCCCUGCCAAUGGGCUGGGGGUGGGAGGCCCCUCAGGGCCUGGAGGUGGGGGUGGGAACAGACGAGUGCAGCCACUCUCCACCUGGCUCCUGGCUCUGGACCCUGCACCAGAGCUGCCACCCUCUUUGUCCCCAGCCUUUCUCAUGUCUGCCUCUCCAGACACUGCCCCUUCUAUCCUCACUCUGCCAUUGUUCCACCUCUUGACCUGCUCCAUCUGAGCUCCCCAGCUGGUCCCAAUUGCUCUUCUUCCUGUCCUUGCUCUCUUCCUCCCUUCCCCCACUCCUCCUCCAGUAGCCUCUCCUUCCUCACCUCUGCAUCCCAGCCUCAUGUCCUGUCCAUCCCUACCCUGCCUGAUCCCUGGGUCUCCCUCAGAUCCCCUUCUCUCAGACAGCGCCAGGCCGGGGUGGGGCCAGGGUUGGGGCCGAGCCCCACAGCUGCCCCCCUCCUCUCCCCUCCCCUUUUUGUAUAAUUUAAUAAAGAAACGGUCGCGCUUCUGUUUUUAA